UUUGUGAUUUUUUAAUUUCAGCUACAAUGACAUCGGAAAUAUUGGCUACACCGCCAUCGGUUUCAUGGGCGCAGAGAAGUGCUCGUGUGUUUUUGACGUUUAAUGUAGAAUGUGAGAAACCAGACAUAAAAAUUGAGCAAAAAUCUGUAUUUUUCAAAGGUAUAUGCACACCAGAUCAAAAGUUACAUGAGGUUGUUAUACCCUUGUACUCAGAUAUUGAUCCAGAAAAAAGUUCUUACACAAACAAAGGGAGGUUAAUCGAGGUUGUUUUGGCGAAAGCAAAAACUGACGACCCCUUCUGGCCUGCCUUAACAAGUGACAAAAAGAAACACCACUGGCUCAAAGUUGAUUUCAAUCGUUGGCAAGAUGAAGAUGAGAGUGGAGAUGACUUUGAUAAUAUUAGUGACAUGUUCUCUAGCAAAUUGGGCAACUUUGGUGAUGAAAACGAUAAAGAGGUUACCAGCUCAUCCGAUGAGGAAGAUCUUCCUGACAUAGAGUAAAGGAUCUCAAGUAUAACAUAGCCAAACAAAUUUAUUAGUGCUAGAAAUUUGUAAUUAUGGACAAUAUUGUGCUUUUAUACAAGGAAUAGUUGGUAGCUCCUAACUGGAUGACAUAUUGUAAGGUUCAAUAGUUUAGGAGUGUGGUCUGCAAGUAUGCUUUCUCUUUUGUUAUAGUUUUAAUGAUCUUAUUUGCAACAAAAACUAUUUUAAUUUAGGAGACAUAAAAUUUCAAAUAUUUUAUUUUGGACAUGUCAAUAGUUAUCUCCAUGCUGACUUAAAGUAUUAAUAUUAAAACAACCCAUUUCUCUGAUCUGAAUUAUAUUUUAGUAUGUCUGAAGCCUAGCAAGUACUUAUUUAAUCUAAACAUUUCUCCUUCAUUAUAUCAUUUACAGUUUCUUAAAUAAUAGGUUUUACUUAAUAAUAAACUAGUACUUUAGCUAGACAGUUGAGGCAUAACAUCAUUAUUUUGUACUUUGUGUUUAAUUUAUAAAGUAAAAACACAUACAUUCCAAAGAUCAAACUAUGGCUGCUAUCCGUAGGUUUUAAACUAAGCAUACUCAUAGGGCUUCUAUGUAAGCCAUGAUAUUUAUGUGUAAGAACUUACUAAAUCAAGUAUGCAUGUAUUACAAAUGACUGUAUUAUGGUCUACCCAUUUAUAUUAUUUAUACUAUUGUAUCACUAGUAUAUGUAGGUUUCCAUUUCAAUACUGUUGAAAGAACAAGACAAAUUAAUUUACCCCAAAAUCUGCAUGUUUUCUCUGGCGCCUGCAAAUAUAUUUGGCACAUUGUGUUCAUAAAUAAAUCUUUCAUUUUCGA